UCCUCCUCCUCGCUCGGCGGCGGCGGCGGCGGUCCGGGGCCCGAGCUCCGGUCCCCUCCGCUUCCCACCGUCCUCCGCCAUCUCCCCGAGCGCCCCGACCUCCUCUGGCGCCGCGGGGAACAUGCGGCUCCGUUCCCGGAGGCCGGCGAGUGACUGACCCGCGUCCACCCGCCUCAGCCCGCCCGCUCGCCGGCCCGGCCGCUCCCCCCCGCUUCGCCCAGGCAAUGACAGCGGCUCCGACGUCUCCGCAGCAGAUGAGGGACCGGCUGCUGCAGGCCAUCGAUUCCCAGAGCAACAUCCGGAACAUGGUGGCAGUAUUGGAAGUGAUCUCCAGUCUGGAGAGAUACCCCAUUACCAAAGAGGCACUGGAGGAGACACGACUAGGGAAGCUCAUCAAUGAUGUCCGAAAGAAAACCAAGAAUGAGGAACUGGCCAAGCGGGCCAAGAGGCUGCUUCGGAGCUGGCAGAAGCUCAUCGAGCCGGUGCACCAGAAUGAGGUGGCACUACGGGCGCUGGCAGGAGCUGCAGGCUCUGCCAAUGGGGGUGCACACAACUGCCGGCCGGAGGUGGGAGUGGCUGGCGCACCCAAGAACAUCCAUGACCUGAAGAAUCGCAACGACAUCCAGAGGCUCCCUGGACAACGGCUAGACCGGCUGGGUAGCCGUAAGCGAAGGGGGGACCAGCGUGACCUGGGCCACCCAGGACCACCUCACAAAAUUUCCAAAGCCAGUCCUGACCCCCUAGUCCCCAAUGAAUCCCCUUUCCCCACCAACGGGAUCAGUGGGAGCCCAGAGAGCUUACCUAGCCCCCUGGAUGGCAGUGAGCACUUGGGCCCUGACAGCAGCCGCCUGGAGCCAAGUGAGAACGAGAAGCACAGCACCAAGAUCCCCGUGAACGCCGUGCGGCCACGCCCUAGCUCCCCUGGCCUGGGCAAGCUCCCCAUGCCCUGCCUGCAGACCAAGACCACACAGCUACAGCAGCUGGACAGGGCGGAUGAGCCACCAUGCCCUCCCCAUCCCAGGGGGUCCUCUCGCUGCUCUUUCAGCCCUCGGAACUCACGGCAUGAAGGUUCCUUUGCUCGGCAGCGGAGCUUGUAUGCACCCAAGGGUCCUGUAUCUAGUCCCUCCCCACGGCCCCAGCCACUGGACACCACGCAGCUGCCAUCACCACUCCCACUGGCCCAGCCAUCCACACCCCCUGUACGGCGGUUGGAGCUGCUCCCCAGUGCUGAGAGCCCUGUGCACUGGCCAGAGCAGCCCGAGGGCCACCCACGGCUAAUGGGGCCGGCCUGCAGGGCUGGGUUGUCCCCAGAUUCCUCCAAGGCGGACAGUGAUGCUGCCUCUUCGGGUGGCUCAGACAGCAAAAAGAAAAAGAGGUAUAGACCUCGAGACUACACAGUGAACUUGGACAGACAUUUGGCUGAGGCCGGUGUCAAGCCUGUGCGGUUAAAAGAGCGGAAGCUCACCUUUGACCCCAUGACGAGACAGAUCAAACCUCUGACUCAGAAAGAGCCAGUGCGGGCUGACAGCCCCGCACCCACGGAGCAGCUCCCAAGGACAGAGCUGGACCAGCAGGAGGCCAAAGCCAGCCUCCAGAGCCCUUUUGAGCAGACGAACUGGAAGGAGCUGUCUCGUAACGAGAUCAUACAGUCCUACCUGAGCCGCCAGAGCAGCCUGCUGUCGUCAUCAGGUGCGCAAACCCCCGGCGCGCACCACUUUAUGGCUGAGUACCUUAAGCAAGAGGAGAGCAGUCGGCGAGGGGUCCGGCAGCCUCACGUGCUGCUGCCGCUGCCUACGCCCACUGACCUCCCAGGGCUCACACGGGAGGUCACACAGGACGAUCUGAACAGAAUCCAGGCUCAGCAAUGGCCAGGGGUGAACGGGUGUGAGGACACACAGGGUAAUUGGUAUGACUGGACGAAGUGCAUAUCGCUCGACCCCCAUGGCGACGAUGGGCGCUUGAACAUUCUGCCUUAUGUCUGCUUGGACUGAGCGUCUGGCCUGGCCAUCAAGUGCAUUCCCACCUUGUAGGGUCUAGGCUAGCCAGCCAGGAGGGCGGCCAUGAGGCUCGCUCUCCACCCUCCUUUUGUGAAAUGCUGCUACCAGUUUACUAACGAUUGCAAAGGAAGGGCCGCUUGGAAGGGCAGAUGGCAGAGGGAGUCCAGAACUCUAUAACAAGCCAGCGAUAAAGCGCUAGUCCCCCAUCCCAAAAGAGGUGCAGAACCCCUCUAGCACCGAUGGCGGGGACCCCCAUGGCAGGCAGGCACAGGAACCAUGUGGGAGAGGUUGCUUAACAGCAACAGACCGCACACCUCAUCUCUGCAUCUCCUGCUCUUUGGCCCUGGUGUCUCUGAGGCACAGGCUAUUCUCUGGCCUCUGCCGAGCCAGUGUUUUCCCUCGUGUUGUACGCUGGAAGCUUCUCUGCUGUGGUGAGCCCUGGCAUUGUGUGGGUGGGCUAGCUUCAUCCACACUGCACAGGCAUCCUACUCGUUUGUAUAUGAUUUUAUGAUUUCAGUUCAAUCCCAGUUCUUAAAGAAAUGCUGCAGAAACUUCAGUUUUCUCGUUUAU